CUGGGCUUCAAUAAAGACAUGAGACAAAUCUUAUUGACAUUCCUAUUGACGCCGCUAUUGAUAUCUCAAAUAGGUGCAUAUACUUAAGUAAGCUCACCCCGCCUAAGAUCGAUGACGCGGUUCUGCUUCAAGCUCCGCAGAAGUUCCCUCCGGUACGGACGGCGGAAUUUUAUACCCACGCCCCUUGUUCAGUCGUGCGCGUGCCCAAAUAUAUAUAAAAUCUGAUGCUGCAGCAUUCCUUCACUAGUUGCUCUCCCUGAGCGUGAAAAAUGCGGUCUCUAGCUCUCACCCUUCCCUUUCUCGCAACCCUCACCACCGCAGCCGUACACGGCGACCAUGACAGCGCUACAGCUUCGGCGGGACUUACAGCGAAGAGGGUCGCUAUAAUUGGUGCAGGCGCCGCCGGCUCCUCAACCGCCUACCACCUCUCCCGCACAGCCUCCAACCUUUCAAUCCCCCUAAACAUCACCGUCUACGAGCGCAACUCGUACAUCGGCGGCCGCACCACGACCGUAAACGCGUGGUCCUCCCCGCACCACCCCGUCGAACUCGGAGGCAGCAUCUUCGUCUCCGUGAACCACAUUCUCGUCUCCGCAGCCGAGGAAUUCAAUCUAUCUACUACGUCCUUUGAGGAACGAUACACGGAGGAUAGCAGCGUCCCGGAGAUUGGAAUAUGGGACGGGAAGCAGUUCGCGGUGGUGAUGAAGAGGGAGGAUGGGUGGUGGGAUAAGGCGAGGUUGCUGUGGAGAUAUGGGUUAGCGCCUAUCAAGACGAAUAGUUUGAUGAAGAGCACCGUGGCGAAGUUCCUGAGGAUGUAUGAGGAGCCCGUUUUUCCGUGGAGGAGUCUGAGCGAGGUUGCUGCGAGGGUGGGCUUGGUGGAGACGACCGGGGUGACGGGGGAGCAGUUUUUGAAGAGUAAUGGGGUUGGGGACUUGUUUGCGAGGGAGAUUGUGCAGGCGAGCACCCGCGUCAACUACGCCAGCAACCUCGGCCUCAUCCACGGCCUCGAAACCAUGGUCUGCAUGGCCACCUCGGGCGCCAUGGCCAUCGCAGGCGGAAACUGGCAAAUCUUUUCACACAUGCUGGCUUCGUCGAAAGCCACCACCCGUCUCUCCACGUCCAUCACUCACAUAUCAAAACAACCAGACGGUACCUACGUCCUCACAACAUCCACCGGCGACACCGAGGCUUUCGACACCGUCGUCCUGGCAACCCCAUUCCAAUUCUCCGGAAUCGUAAUCGAUCCCCCGCCGAAGCAUGUCCCGGAUCAAAUCCCCUAUGUAGCGCUGCACGUCACGCUGUUCGCGUCGCCGUACGAGCUCUCGCCAGAGGCCUUUAACCUUGCGCCCGGUGAGAAAGUCCCGCAAUUCGUCCUCACGACGUUGCCUGAAGGCGAAGAGUACGGCUCCGAUCCCAACGGACAGGGGAGUCCGGGUUUCUUUAGCAUCUCGGUUGUAAGGCGGGGGUUGAAUAGGAAGGGAGAGGAGAGGAGAGAGGAGUACGUCUACAAGAUAUUCUCCGCGCAGAGAGCCACACCCGAAUUUCUAUCGCGUUUACUGGGAAGAGAAGUGCAGUAUGAAGAACGCACCAAUCCCAUCGACGACCCGGAUGAUCAGGGAAAAACCCAGAAAUCGAUCAAAACCUCUCCCAGAGGUCCAAUCACGUGGAUUCACCAGAAACUCUGGCACUCCUAUCCCUACGAGUAUCCGCGCGUCACGUUCGAGGAGAUGGAACUGGAUGAGGGGCUGUGGUAUACGAGUGGGAUUGAGAGUUUCAUUAGCACGAUGGAGACGAGUGCGCUUAUGGGGAAGAAUGUUGCGGCAUUGAUUUUGGAGGGGUGGGAUGGAGGGAGAAAAGGGGAGAUGCGGAAUGGCGAGCAUGGGGAGGAGGAGCGAGCACAGGGAGAACGGGAGAAAUGGGAGAAAUGGGAGAAAUGGGAGCGAGAAGCGUGGCAGGCGGAGCUGUAGGAGCACUUUCUCGGGUGCAUGAGAGAACUUGAGUUUUGUACGAUCUUGAUCAUGCUGUUUAGCGGCAUCAUUGCAAUGGGACUUAUUUCUUAUUGCAUCAGGCAGUGGCUUGGUGAAGCAUAUUGGCAUAGCAGUAGCAUGAAACAACUUUACCC